UGGGACACAUAAUAGACUACAUGCGCGGAAAGAGCCGCCUACCUUUCUGCUGAAAGUUUUGUUUUCAAGUACUGGUUAUACUUGUUUGAUUUCACUCAUCUUUUACUGUAAUGUACUUAAGUGUCUUCUGUCUCUUUCGGCUACUAAUUUGGUGGACUAAAUUGGACCUGAAGUACUCUGAAUCUUGUUUUUAUUCUGCACCUGCUUUGACACAACGUCGAUGCAGGAGGCGGUGUCGCAUGGAGCAGACCAGGCAGAUGGUGUACCCGGACCAGCACCGCCGCAAGACUGCACAGGUGCUUGUUGUCAUGGAGGAGCAAAGAUGGCGGUCCUGGCCUAUAGCCUGGGCAAACGCGAAAUAAAUCAACAUUUUACCAUUAAAAAUGCCAAGUGGAUAUCGCUAGUCGUCGUUACUUUGCUCCUCGUGUUUCACACAGCUUCGCGGUAUUAUGGAGGCGGAGACUCAUGUGAAUGGCUGCUGUCCAAAGGACGUUACUUGGGGGAGAAUGUAUGGCAGCCUUAUGGCUGCAUGAUGCAUAAGUACAAAAGCAUUGAAGCCAAAACCUGCCUUGCUGAAAAGCGGGUUGCCUUCAUUGGUGAUUCACGAAUCAGGCAGCUAUUUUACUCCUUCAUCAAAAUAAUUGACCCUGAGCGAAAUGAAGAUGGAAACAAGCAUGAGGAUAUUUCCUUUGAAGAUAAGAGUUCCUCUGUAAAUGUGGACUUCCUGUGGUAUCCAGAGGCAAAUAAUUCAAUGAAGGACCGCUUGAUAUCAUGGUCACAUGAGGAUUCAGUUAAGCCAGAUGUAGUCAUCCUUGGAGCUGCCACUUGGUCCAUCAAGUUGCACAGUGGCAGCAGCGACACCCUGCAGCAGUACAAAGCCAACUUAACAGCCAUUGCUGUGCAUCUAGAGAGGCUGGCGGACCAUGGAGAAGUCUACUGGGUCCUGCAAGACCCAGUAAAUGAGGAGGUGUUGAGUGACAACAGGAAAAUGAUCACCAACCGACAGCUUGAGUUGUACAAUGAAGCAGCAGUGGACGUACUGAACACCAGCAAGCGCAACGGCAGGUCCCGGGUCAAGCUGUUGGCCGCAUCCCGCCAAGCUGCAAUGGAAACUAUCACCCAGUCGGACGACGGGUUGCACCUGCCCAAGAGCACCAGGAAUGUGGGCGCCAUGGUCCUCAUGAACUCUGUGUGCAACAAGCUGCUGCGGCCCAUUGAUGGCUCCUGCUGCCAAAAGUUACCACCCCCAAACCUCCUCCAGAAACUGUCAGCCUGUUUCUUCCUGGGUUCAGGCCUGAUCUUCCUGGUCCUCCAUGUCCUUGGCAACAACCGCCACAGGCGACCUGUGCCCCCAGACGUAGAGAGCCUGGAGGAGAAGAAGCCAGUCACUGCAUCUGUCCACUUCGGCCCAAAGGCGCCUUUCCAGGCCCUGUGCAGGAUGGGCAUCAUCAUGGGUUAUUUUUACCUUUGUGACAGAGCAGAUGUGUUCAUGAAGGAGCAGAAGUUCUACACACACUCUACAUUCUUCAUCCCUCUCAUCUAUAUAUUUGUUCUGGGAGUGUUCUACAGUGAGAACAGCAAGGAGACCAAAUUACUCAACCGAGAGCAAACAGAUGAGUGGAAAGGCUGGAUGCAGUUGGUCAUCCUCAUCUAUCACAUAUCAGGAGCCAGCGCUUUCAUUCCAGUGUACAUGCAUGUCCGGGUACUUGUGGCAGCAUACCUGUUUCAGACUGGCUAUGGACACUUUUCCUUUUUCUGGCUCAAAGGAGACUUUGGCCUGUACAGGGUGUGCCAGGUACUCUUCCGUCUAAACUUCCUGGUCUUGGUGCUGUGUGUGGUUAUGGACAGACCCUAUCAGUUCUAUUACUUUGUCCCAUUGGUCACCUUCUGGUUUGUUGUCAUCUAUGGCACAUUGGCAAUAUGGCCUCAGAUCCUACAGAAGAAGGCCAACAGCAGUGGCAUAUGGCACCUUGGGGUCUUGGCAAAGUUACUGGGCCUCCUGCUCUUCAUCUGCUUUUUUGCCUUCUCACAGAGUUUCUUUGAGAGCAUCUUCUCCGUGUGGCCCAUCUCCAAGCUCUUUGAGCUGAACGGAAGCAUCCACGAGUGGUGGUUCAGAUGGAAGCUGGACCGAUUUGCGGUGAUACAUGGUAUGUUAUUUGCCUUCAUCUAUCUGGUGCUUCAGAAGCGCCAGGUGCUCUCUGAAGGCAAAGGAGAGGCCCUCUUCUCUGCCAAGAUUUCCAACCUGCUUCUCCUCCUCUCUGUCAUCUCCUUCAUAACUUAUUCAAUAUGGGCCAGCAGCUGCAAAAACAAAACAGAGUGCAAUGAGAUGCAUCCUUACAUUUCAGUGGUUCAGAUUUUGGCCUUCAUUCUCAUCAGGAACAUUCCUGGCUAUGCCCGCUCUAUAUAUAGCUCAUUCUUUGCAUGGUUCGGAAAGAUCUCUUUGGAGCUGUUUAUAUGCCAAUACCACAUCUGGCUGGCAGCAGACACCAAGGGAAUUUUGGUCCUUAUCCCAGGAAACCCCUCACUUAACAUCAUGGUCAGCACCUUCAUCUUUGUCUGUGUGGCUCAUGAGAUUUCCCUCAUCACCAACGACCUGGCGCAGGUGAUCAUCCCCAAAGACAGCGUGGCCCUGCUGAAGAGACUGGGGGCAGUGGGGCUCUUCAGUCUGGUAAUAUUGGUGCUUGCCAGGAGCAGCCAGUCCCCAUCCGGCACCUGAUGGACAACUCUUGAUCUGGGGGCAGAACAUGCUCGCCAAGCCCCUGAUGAAUUAGAAGUGAGGUGACGGAUCCAAGCGGGGAUUAGGCCUGGAGUUUUAGCCUGUUGGUGGCCAUAAGAGACGACCCCAGUUGUGCUACGUGACAACACGUGGACGUGCGGGAGAAAUGUGUUUCUCUGUUGGCCUCGUUUGAGCAGAGUCUGUACUUUUUGACUGCUGUGAAAGUCGCACACUGAAGAAAAGACACGUACCCCCCCUAAAAAAGAGGGGGAUGGGUUGGGUGAGUUGCUCCUUUCAGGGCAAAGUGCAAAGGGUAAAAAACAAACAAACAAAAAAACAAAACAAAAAAAAACGCUCAAAACGUUUACAUUUUCUGGAUCCAAUAGAAGAGCAGAGAAGAAAUUUGCAGAUGUGGAAUUUCAUUUUAAACCACAAGAGGUACUCUUAUUGCAGGACCUCAUGCUUGCUGUGUGAAUUUUUGCAGCGUCGCUUCUAUUUAGCCAAACUUACUAAUACGUUUAUUUUGUCACCUACAGUACUUCCUACCAUUUCAUCACUCUGGAAAUGAUUACCAGGCACAUGCUCCGUCCACAUGGCAGUAGCAAUUGAAGGUGUUUUUCACUCAGGUGCUCAGGUGGCUCCAUAACCUAUGUAUUCAGAUAUCUACAAAAAUGUUCAAUUGUGCUGCAUUUUAUCAACAACAUUAUUUUGUACAGUAUUUCCGGUGACUUUAAAAAUAGUGUUAGAUAUCUAAAUAUGCAAAAUAUGGACCAACAUUUGACUUGGGUGAUCAAAAAAGAAACUUUCAAGAUUCAAGUAAAAACUUUGAGUGCAAUUGAUAAAGUGUUGAAUAAUCCCUUGACAUAUUUUUUUCUAAUGUUUUUGUGAGUAAUUUUAGACAUGUUUGCCUUGUGCUGAAAGGUACUGUGGUCACCUGCUGUAGCUCUGAAGUUCUAUGAUAUGUACAGUAUUUAAUGAUUUAAAUUAAGCAUAUAUUUUAUACAUUUUGUUUUUUAUUUUAUACUUUUCAUUCAUGACUGUUUGUGAAGGAGGUAUUACGUAGAUAGUUUUGUACCCAUCCCAGCAUCUCAUAGAUGAUUAUCUGCCUCAGAGACACAUUACAGAGGUUGAGCCUUUACAGUCUGACGCCCGUCUGCCCCAUUAGCUCAUUUCAUAACCUGUGUAUAUUUGUAUGAUAUAGUACACUUUAUUUCAUACAGCAGUGCUUCGGCAAUGAUUUUAGUCCUUUGUCCUUCCUUUGCCAUUAAAAACAUGCCUCAUAACGCUGGUGGAAAAUGCACCGACUUGCACAUAAUAUUGUACAGUAGGACUAAUGGCUAAAUAUACAUCCUCCACUUGCUGUUGCAGCCAGUGAAUAAGUGGUUUCUGAACUCUGAAUGCCUUUAACAUACAGCUAUUCUCACUGGCUUAUACGCACAGUAAAUCUUCUGUGAUUGUAGCCUGGGAUCACAGACUUCCAUCUGUCAGACACUUUGCAUCAAAGCCACUUCAGCAAUUAAAAACAGCAACAAGGUAAUGCACUGACUGACUGACUGACAUAAAGGAAAAUGUUGUUUAUUUUGUCACUUGACAAAUGGCUGAUAUGUUUUUUACCUAUACAUCCUGAGAAAUUUAGGAGAGAUUAGCACUUUCAUUGUAAGAACACAAGGUUAAACACAAGUUUAACGUGCUACCAGCACAAAUACUUUCUGAAAUUUGGAACAUUUUCAUUGGGUAAAUCAUGUUUUGAUGUUUUUUUCAAGGUCAUUUCACAGAUUUUGUCUAUCAUCCAAAAAAGACUGACCGUGAUUGGAAAAAACCACCUCAGUUGUUUUCUACACAUUUAUGUAGCUUUUCUUUAAAAGGAAAAAUAACAUGGAUCCACAAAGACUAUUUAAUAGUUAACAGUGUGUUGUCUACAUUUUUCAAGGCUUCUCUUGUCAUUGAUCUGACGACUUCAGGUUGUCGUCAGACUGUAUAAGAGCAAAGUGACUUUGUAAUUUCUGUAAUGGGUCAUCACCUCAUUGUAUAAAUGAAAAUGGCUUUUCCAUUUUGCAGAUUUCAUAAAUGUGAUGAUCAGCUAUAAAUUCGGUAAUUGUUUCAGGCCUUAAUAGAUCUUUUUGGUCAAGUAAAAGCAACAACUAUUUAUACCUCUGUGCAGGGCCUCUUUGAAAUAUGUUAAAUGUAAAUUUUUCUGUGAUGUCUUAAAAUGUGAAAUGUAUCCAUAUUAUUUAUAAAUGCCUUUAUUCUGUUGUACAUUGUUAAUAACACCUUCAUAAAAUA